GACUUGCCACUUCUGCACGUAGUUCCAGUUUCAGACCCUCGUGGAGAUCGAGAGAAGACCGAGUUAGAGGAGAAGUGCUCCACACUUCACUCUCAAAUCCCAACAUUUGUUGGGCGGAGAACGUUGGAACUUGGCACAUUUGGGAAACGUUUUGUUUCACGAACUCCUGUGGUGGAAAGCUGGCGAAGAAGACACCACCAUCGCAAACAACAUGGCAGGUGCGCUUCAAGAAGCGCUUGCCGGCCUUCUCUUCGUCCUGACGCUAACCUUUAGCGGGUGUCAAGCGAACGGCGCCUUGGUAUCCUGCGCUGAUCCUGAGGCGGCUGCUAACACGACAUGUCCGACCGGCUACAACUGCACGCUACCUGACUCGAUACUGAUUACGUUCGGCAUUCAGGGCCGCUGUGCUUCCCUGGACCUUUGCGGCACUGUGGCGCAGCUCACUCCCUUAGAGGUGGAAAUCGGAACAAUGGUUGAAGUAGUUGGCGAUGCAUCUAUCAGCUUCCAGACUGGCGGUAUGCUGGAUAUCUUCCUGGUUUCCAGUGCAGAGGCCUGGCUAAGCUGUAAUGUAACCGGGGCACAGUUCAUUGUGGAUCAAGACCUGCUUGCUCCAUCCGUGCGCAUCGAUCAGUACCUGUCGGCCGGCCCCAACUACCUGGUCGCCUCCGCCAACCGCAACACGCUGCAGUCGGAGUGCCGCUUUGGCCAGCGCAUCAACGUCACGCUGACCACGCGCUGCAGGACCAGCGCUGGGGGACCGGUGUGCUCGGGGAGGGCACCGUGCGUUGUCGGCGCAGGCUCUGUCAACUGCGAGUGCCCCGUGGGUUACACGGGUGAACAGUGCGAGGAAAUCAACGAAUGCUACGCGGAUAUUCUCGGCCAGUCGCCGUGCCUGAACUCUGGACAGUGCCAGGACGGCAACUGCUCCUUCACGUGCGAUUGUCCGCCAACUUACACUGGACCAAUCUGCGAGACGGCAAUCGAUCCAUGUUUAGGUUUCACAGCCUGUCAGAACGGAGGAACGUGUUAUGUCGGAGUGAACGGCCCGGCCUGCCAGUGCCCUCUCGAUUUCACAGGCCAAUACUGCGAGACUCGGCUGCUCACGUGCCGCACAGUGCGUUACUUUGGCAACACGACGUGCCCGCCCGAUCGCACAUGCCCGACCGGAGUGGUCAGCACCACGUGGGGAUUGGAGAAUGUCUGUCAGGACAUACAACUCUGUCCCAACAGUCCUGAACAGAACCCAGUCGUCCUUCGCUACGAAGCCAACGUGGUCCUGCUUGUGUCGCAGAACAAUGCCUCGGCCAUCACCAACCAAGACAUUCAUCUAUUUGAGGUCAACGCAGAGGGCUAUGCCAACUGCGACAUCACCGGAGGGCGUCCGAUCACACCCCAGCCAACACAGGUGUACCCGGUCGUAGUGGAGGGCCUGACUCCCGGUCUGCACUACCUGAUAUCGGUGCGGGACCCUAACCUGCCGCAGCUGGAGUGCGAGAGAGGAUGGCGACAGCGUGUGAACGUGUCCGGCCAGUGCAUGGCUCCUGACGGCAGGGUAUGCGCUAACUACGGUGCCUGCGCCGUGGCCAGUUCUCAGUUGGACCUGGAGUGUGUGUGUCCGGCCGGCAUCAACGGCGAAUUCUGCACGGGCGCGGACGAGUGCUACCUCGGCGGAAACGAUCACUGCAUGAACGGCGCGACGUGCGUCGACGGCAACUGCACGUUCUACUGCAGCUGUGCCGGAGGAUUCAGCGGGCCAUACUGCACACAGGAAGUGCAGGCCUGCGCCAACGUCACCUGCGCUAACGGGGUGUGCGAAGAGCGGCCAGGCGGCACAUUCAGUUGUGUGUGCGAAACCGGCUACACGGGGCAGUACUGCGAGAACAUCAUCAACUUCUGCGCAAGCUCGCCGUGCGCCCCCGGCAGCACAUGCGUGGACACACCGUUUGGGCAUGUGUGCCAGUGCCAGACAGACUACACAGGACCAGUGUGUGACCAGCGUAUUCAGGACUGUGACGGUGUGAUCUGUGCAAAUGGUGGAACAGCAGUCGAUGGCAUUGGUGUCUGCGUCUGCCAAUGUCGCAUUGGUUACACGGGGAAUCUCUGCCAGACUCCGUACAUUAGCUGCAUGGCACCAGAAGUCCUGGCCAACACUACAUGCCCAGCUGGUUAUCAGUGCGUGGAUAACACCACAGUCACCGAGCUGAUCUGGAGCUUUGCACAGUCCAUCUGUGUAGAUUGCAUCACUCCUCAACUCAAUUCUCUUGCCAUGGAGGUUGGCACAACACUGCGCUUCAGCGCCGACUUUUCAGCCGCUAUCAACAUCCCAUCAGGAAUAAUCCCAAUACAGCAGGUGCCCACUCUGUCCGAGUUCUACACGUGUAGCCUACAGAAUGUGCAGUACAAUGUCAACCUGACGGUGGACGGCAACCUGAUGGUCCCUAGCUCCGUGGUGCGGCCCGGCACGCUCUACUUCAUCAACCAGGACGUUACGCUGACGCAGCCGCAGUGCCCGCGCGGCCUGCGCGCCAUGGUGAACGUCAGCGAAGGCUGCUACACGCCCAACGAGCCCAGCGGCAGGAUCUGCGCCGGCCGGGGGCCCUGCGUCGCUACCGGCAACUCGGCGGAACCGUUCGCAUGCGAGUGUCCGGCCGGCUACUUUGGACCGAGGUGUGUGGAAAUUAACGAGUGUUUCAACCAGCCAUGUGUCAACGGCGGGACGUGUGUUGAUCGCAGCUGCGACUAUGAGUGUGUGUGCCAACAAGGUUACAGUGGACGUAACUGUGAGGUGAAUGCCACGGCGUGUCCUUGCCAAAGCGGCGGAGUUUGCAUGCUCAGCGCCAACUUCCAGUUCCUGGGUUGCAUCUGCCCGCCUGGCUAUUCGGGAACAUUGUGUGAAGAGCGGGUCACAUCCCUACCGCCACCACCACCUCCGCCAUCGUUCAUCCCGCCUCCACCAGUGCCUCUCUUCCCAGCCCUCAUCGCUAUUCCGCCGCCUCCCUUCCCUCCGCCACCGCCACCGCCUCCGGAUGUAUUCAACUCCACAACUCCACCACCACCCACCACUACACCACCGCCACCCACGACUACACCACCGAGCAUCGGUCCAACGACACUGCCGUUCCCAGGGUGUGCGGCUGUCAACCCGUGUCUGAACCAAGGCGAGUGUAUCGACUACCCGGACAACGCACAGGGAUUUAUCUGCCGCUGCUCACCUAUCUACUUUGGCGAACUGUGUGAAAACCUGUUGGAUACGCCACAGUUCAACAGGACGUCAAGUCUGGUGCUUGGAGGCUUCUUAGAGACCAGAACAAGCUUCGCUAUCGAAUUCUUGUUCAGAUCAAGAGAACUUGAUGGUCUUCUUUUCUACACUGGCCAGCCAAAUCUGGAUUCUUACGUCUAUGCUCAUCUGGAGAAUGGCUUGGUUGUGGUGCGUGUCAACCUGGGCAAUGGUGAAGCAGUGAUCCGACCUACCCAGCAUAUCUAUACACAGCCACUGUGGAAGCGCUUGUUUGUUACGGUGACAUUCAGCAUUGUGCUAGUCCAGUUUGGCGACGAACAGCUGCAGCCAGUCUUCGCGCCCGGCUCUGGACAGUUCCUGCAGACCGAUGGGCGCGUGUACAUUGGUAGUCUUGCCAACCAGACUGUCCCCAACUCGCAGUUCUAUGCCAGGACCGGCUACAGCGGGUGCAUAGCUAACAUAUCGAUUGACACACAGCCUGUGGACAUCCUGCCGUUGGUCAGUGCUGGCACAAACAUCUCGCCCUGUAUUGGCCUGCCCUGCCAGAACCUACCAUGUCAGAACAGUGCAACUUGUCAGCCCAUCGGACCAACCGAAGAGGAGUUCAACUGUACAUGUCUGCCCGGUUUCAUCGGUCGUAUCUGCGCUGACGACGUGGAUCCGUGCGCCCGGCGAACGUGCUUGAACAACGGCCGCUGCUUCAACAACGUCAUCAGUCCCAUCAACAUUCAGCCAUUCUGCCGUUGUGAACUGGGCUAUGCCGGACCAGAUUGUGGAAUGCGCAUACCGAUCGACGUCAAGGAGUUCUUCGGCGAUCGUUUCUACGGCAACUCGUUCAUCCAGUAUUCCUAUGUAUCGGCGAGGGUCCAGAGCCAGUUCAAGUUCGAGUUCAAUAUCCGUCCAACAACUGAGCUGGAAUCCGGGGUCAUUGCGUACUCAUCUGUCGGCGGACCUGUCAACGACCUGCUGGCCAUUUACAUGACGAACGGUAUACUGAACGUCGCCUUGGACUUUGGAAUCAACCUUGCCAUCGCUGAAGUUAGCAGCCGAGUGUUGCAGGCCAACCAGUGGUACUAUGUGGAAAUAAACCGUGAUGUGCGGGACUUCAGUGUGGAGGUAUCCUCACUUCCCUACGAGAACGACACUGUCAUUGUAAAUGCCGUAGCCAACGCGGGCACCAGUAGCUCACUGAAUCUCAACGACAUCCUGCUCAUUGGUGGCAUCUCUACUGAUAUUGCAACCGGCCCUUUGCCGCCGCGUGCCCUCGUGCCCCAGGAAUCCUUCACCGGUUGCCUGACUCGCCUGCGUCUCAACCAGAGAAUGCUGGUGCCGUUCCGCGGCCAGGCCAUUGGCCAGUGCGGCGUCGAGAGGCAGUGCGAGCUGAGACCGUGUGCCGACGGCGCAACAUGUAUCGAGGACGCUGGAAUGUUCACCUGCGUGUGUCCUCCGUCCAUGACCGGGCCGUUCUGUAACAUCACCAACGACGCCUGCCUGUCGGGACCGUGCACCCAGGGCGCAACGUGUGUGGCUGGAAUGAACGACACGUUUGAGUGUGAAUGCCCGCUGGGCUUCAUGGGCCUGACCUGCUCUAUACCUAUCACAUUGACCUACCCUGAGUUCGCUCGGAGUAAUUUCGGAUUCAAUUCUUAUCUGCGCUUGGACGUGCUGCCAGACCCAUUGCGUAACAUCUUUAGAAACGAUAUCAGAAUCGUGUUCCGUGCCACCGAGCCCGAUGGCGUGCUUCUCAUCCAGGAGAAUGAGCAGGACCCGCUUGGCGACUUUGUCUCACUCAGCCUUGUCAACUGGCAGGUCAACUUCAGAGUAGCACUCGGUGGUGGAUCAACGCUCAAUAUUUUGAGUACGAACCAAGUGCUGCCUGGUAACUGGACAACCGUUGUUGCCACGAGGAAUAUUCGUGAUGGCUCGAUCGAGUUCAAUGGCGUCACGACAUCUGGCACUACCCUUGGGAUCAGCGGGGCAGUAAACAGCUUGGUACCGGCCGUCUACAUCGGUGGACAUCCGACUAUUGUGGGGCGGCCGGCACGAGUUGGCUCAACCCGCGGUCUGGUUGGCUGUGUCCGUUUCCUCUUCUUUGAUCGAACGAGAUAUGAAUUGAGCUCGAUCAUCAACAGCACCGGUGCCAAUGUGCUGGAAUGCAAUGCAGAGUUCUGCGAUCCAGUGUGCCUCAACAACGGAACGUGUGUGGAUCUCGACGACGAUGGAACAUUCGAAUGCCAGUGCCUACCCAAUUUCUUUGGCACACAGUGCGAAACGUUCUCGCAGAAUCCUUGUCUGGAGACCACUGCCAACGCGAGCCGCCUGUUCUGCAACGUGCAAAGCCAAUGCUGUCUGGACCCAGUGUCCGUCAUGCCAUCCUGCGUGUGUCCACCAACUGCCAGCGGACCAUUCUGUGCCAUGGCGAAUCCCUUCACCAUACCUAGCUUCGGAGGCAACAGCUUCCUUGCUGUCCAAACACCAGGUGUUCCAGUGGAUCAGGAUAUCAUACAACUCAACUUCACCACCCGGGUGAAUAACUCUCUGGUGCUGCAUCGCUUAUUGGGUUUGGGAGGGGAUUUCCUGCUGCUCGGUAUCACUGAAGAAGGCCUCCUGGAAUUUGUAUGGGAACUUGGAGGUGGAGUUGGUACAGUCAUGUCUAGUGCUCCUGUCGUUGAUGGACGCUGGCAUUUCGUCUCCAUCAACAGAGUUGCGCAAACUACCACCCUGACUCUGGACAACUUACCACAGCAAGUGGGCAUGUCUCCAGGCGGACUGGGAGCACUGAAUCGAGAUGGUGACAUCCUUUACCUGGGUGGAAUCGACAACUCGCCGACGCAGUGUUUCCGCCGCGGCUACGACAGCUUGCCCGGCGGUCGGUCGUACCGCCAGGGCUUUGUGGGCUGCAUGCGCACUCUCUUCGUUACGGGCACCGUCAACUUUAACAUGUUCGAGAGCGGCGCCGACAUUACCCAGUGCAUGGUGCCGACGGGACUGUAGGCAUGUCAUCCCCAAGUGACAAUCUCACUCAGCUCACUCACUUACCAAUGUUUGAUUUGUCACGGUUUGCUCUGAUUACUAGCUUGAACCCAUAGAGUCUACAACAUGGGCAGUGAGCCUCGGUUUUCUUCUCUCAUCCAAUGCAAUACAAUUGUUGCCAAUGUCGCAAACUAACGUUACAUCAAUGACAACAUGACGCAAUGAAAAGCGUGCACCGCUUUUCAUCCUCUCUCUCUCUCUCUCUCUCUCUCUCUCUCUCUCUCUCUCUCUCUCUCUCUCUCUCUCUCUCUCUCUCUCUCUCUCUCUCUCUCUCUCUCUCUCUCUCUCUCUCUCUCUCUCUCUCUCUCUCUCUCUCUCUCUUUCUCAGCUAGCCUGCUGCACACCAUAGUUGCAUGUGGUCUGUACUGUACUAUGCACGUGAUCAGUUUCUCUUCUCGCUCUACUGACUAGGCACAUCUUCUCACAUACUGCACAGUGCACUACACAGCACCAUCCCACCGAAACUAGUAUCACUCACGGGAAUAUACCCUUCUCCAUGACUGCACAACAUUAAAAAAAUCACGGACUUUGAGCCAGUACCUUUA